CGUUGUCAUUUUAAUUCCAUGUCGUAGCUGUGAGCUUUUCGUACGUACGGGACACGAUUUUAUGGUGUUUCUUCGUACUUAAUUUUAUUUCAAAAAUGACAAAUAUUAACAUAGAUAAAUAUUAACACAAGCUUACGUCUUGUGAUAGACGAUUGCACAGCACAAUGUGAGGCUCAAUUGGGAUUAAUUAAAGAUGCGUCUUGAAUAGAACGACUAUCGCACAAUUUUUUAUCAGUCUCCGUAUGGUUUCGAUUGAAAUAUAUCGUGACAAGUUUUGAUAUUAUUUGAAAUGGAUAAAAUGGAAGAAGUUGCUGACGGAGGGACAUAUACAACUGUAGAAAAUGGGAAGAAACUUAACAAGGAGACUAGUAACUUUUUGCGACAAGUUUCUACUAGAAGUUCAGAGGAAAAGAUAAGAAUAAGAGAUGUGACACCACAAAUUAUUGCAAGCUGCAUAAUUCACUGCAUGGUUAUAAAAGCUGGUAUAAACAUGGCAUACAGUACAGUUUUACUAGAUGGAUUGGCAUCGAACAGUGCUUAUCUGAAUAUUACCGAGAAUGAAGAAUCUUGGAUAGCGAGUCUAGUUACAAUCACAUUGCCAAUAGGAUCUCUUAUUGUUGGGCCUCUAAUGGAUAAAUUUGGGCGCAAAACGGUUUGCCUGUUAUCUUGCAUUCCUGCAGCAGUAUCAUGGGUUUUAUUGAUUCUUGCAAACUCCUUAAUUACUAUUUACGCUGCUCGAGUUGUAGCUGGGAUUGCAGCGGGAUUGACAACCGUUGGAUUGGUCUAUAUAUCGGAACUUUCACAUCCACAAGUCAGACCGAUGCUUCUGUGUCUCAAUUCUGUGUUUGUUUCACUGGGUAUAUUAAUUACCUGUUGUCUGGCCGUACUGAUAGACUGGCAUAAAAUGGCUAUGAUUUUCCUCGCAUUAGAAUGUUGCAUUUUUGUUGCAUUUUACUUUGUACCUGAAAGCCCCUAUUGGCUUGUAUGCUUCACAAAUGGCAUGUUUGACGACAAAAGAAUUUGCAAAAUGAAACACAAUCUAAAACGACUUAAUAGACGACAAUCAAUUUAUGAGCAGGAAUAUUUGCGAAUCAUGGAGACGUAUCAAGCAAACGAUGAGAGGUCAAAAAAUAAUAUGACAAAGAAUUAUUAUCGCAAAUUUACAUCUCCAGUUGUCUAUAAGCCUAUAACGAUACUUUUCUUACUUUUUCUGUUGCAACAACUCUCUGGUUGCUACGUCAUCAUAUUUUAUGCCAUUGAAGUGUUUCGUGAAAUGGGUGGAUCGUUUGGCAGAGGCUUCGACGAGAACAGUGCCCUCGUUAUGCUAGGCAUCAUUCGAUUCGUGGUAAGCGUAAUAACAGUGUUCUGUAGUAGAAGAUACGGCAGAAGGGCUCUCUGCAUUUUAAGCGGAAUUGGAAUGACCAUCUCCAUGUUUCUUUCGGGAAUGUAUAUAUAUUUCACAACAGCAUACGACGAGAACGGUAACAGAGAGGAGACCAUGGUGGAUCAGAAAUGGCUGUUGCUGUUCUUCGUAUUAUCCUACAUCUGCGCCAGCACUUUUGGAUUUAUAAAUAUACCAUGGACGUUGAUCGGAGAACUGUUACCCGUGUCCGUACGUGGUAUUGGCGGGGGUUUCAUGGUUUCCUUCGCUUACACAAUGAUGUUUGCCGUUGUGAAGAACUAUCCUUACAUUAAGAAAAGCAUGAGUAUCGAGAGUAUUUUUUUCUCCUUCAGCUUCGUAUCUUUUCUGGGUACAGCUUUUGUGUACUUUUUCCUGCCAGAGACCCUGGGCAAGUCUUUUUCCGACAUUGAAAAAUAUUUUCUGCCCAAGAGAGAGGGAGAAGCGCGCAAUGCCAUUCCUUUAACUUCUUAGACUCUCUCGCUUUCACUUUUAUUACAUGGGUGUUUUGCAUGAUUAAUGGUGAUAAGACUGUUUAUUCAAGUCGUUAUAAAAAGGGAAUAUAUAUAUAUAUAUAUGUAGUCUCAGACAAUAAAUCUUGACAAUAAGUUAGAAAAAAUUGUGGAAGUGCCAUUAAAUGUGACUGUCCUUACAUUUAAAA